CGGACAACCAGACGCAGGUGGGCAUCAAGGUGUUCCAGGGUGAGCGUGAGAUGGCGGCCGACAACCAGAUGAUGGGCCAGUUCGACCUGGUGGGCAUCCCGCCGGCGCCGCGCGGCGUGCCGCAGAUCGAGGUGACGUUUGACAUUGACGCCAACGGCAUCUGUCACGUGACGGCGAAGGACAAGGCGACCGGGAAGACGCAGAACAUCACCAUCACGGCGAGUGGCGGCCUGAGCAAGGAACAGAUUGAGCGGAUGAUCCGUGACUCCGAGUCGCACGCGGAGUCGGACCGCCUGAAGCGCGAGUUGGUGGAGGUGCGCAACAAUGCCGAGACGCAGGCGAACACGGCGGAGCGCCAGCUGACGGAGUGGAAGUACGUGAGCGAUGCCGAGAAGGAGAAUGUGCGCACGCUGCUCGCGGAGCUCCGCAAGUCCAUGGAGAACCCCAACGUGACGAAGGACGAGCUUUCGGCGGCAACGGACAAGUUGCAGAAGGCGGUUAUGGAAUGCGGCCGCACGGAAUACCAGCAGGCCGCCGCGGCGAACAGCAGCAGCUCCAGCGGCAACACUGACAGCAGUCAGGGCGAACAACAGCAGCAGGGUGAUCAGCAGAAGCAGUAA